AGAAAAGUGAUGAUAAUAUUUUAUCUACAGCAUAUUAUAAAAAAAAUAAUAAUACUGUAGUUCUUCAAGACUCUUUAUCUGAUAAUGAAAAUGAUAAUAUUGAAUCUCAAACUUCUUUGCCAGUUUAUCGAAAUGCUAAUAUUAAUAUAUCUUCUCCACAAACAUGUGAUAAUGAUGAUAUUAACUCUCAAGCUUCUUCGCCACUUCAUAGAAGCACUAAUAUUAAUGCAUCUUCUUCACAAAUAUGUGAUAAUGAUGAUAUUGAAUCACAAGCUUCUUUAUGA